CAAAAUCGUUUAGAAAGUAGAAAUUAAACGAACAUGAAAGUGACAAUAACGUUGGGCUCAGCAUUUUUAAUGCUGCUCUGUGUGAGCGUAUCCGCUGCUAGAUCGCAUGAACGCCCAGAUUUCGUCAUCAGCGAAACCAUUGGUGAAGUUGACCGUUCACUCGUACCUGCUGCAGCUGACUUAUUCACAGCUAUAUUCAAUCCCUGGACAGCAGUGAAGAAAAUACAACAACACUUUUCUAAUAGCGCUCAGCGAUGCGUGGAUGUAUACAAUAUUAAUUAUGUGCGAUCUAUUUCCGUUGUUGGACGCAAAGUCCGCGAUAUAGGAAGAAUUAAAGAAUCCAGCUUAAAGCUGUAUGUACGCGAAAAUGAUGCAGAGGAAUUGCUAGAACAAUUCGUGGAGGAUAUAGAGGAGUGUGGCGCACUGCAGUCAGCCGACGAACGACUUAAUUGCUAUGUCGAAGUGAUUACUGAAAUAUUCGGUGAUAUUGACAGUACUUCUAGCAAAUCUAGUGAAUCUAGCGAACCUAGCGAAUCUGUUGAAUCUUCCUGGAUUAAUAAAAUAGCUAUACGCUCCCGCAUACAACGCCUUUCCUGGAGCUUAUUUGCUGCAUCGAUUAAGCUGAACAAGUGUGUGUCCGCUUUUCCAAAUCAAACUACUGCGGCACCACCAAAGGGUCAGUCUACACCACCAGAAGGGCCCCCAAAGAAAACUACUGAAGCACCUGGACACGGACCAACUAAACCAGAAGGGCCUCCAAAGAAAACUUCUGAAGCACCUGGACACAGACCAACUAAACCAGAAGGGCCCCCAAAGAAAACUUCUGAAGCACCUGAACACAGACCAACUAAACCAGAAGGGCCCCCAAAGAAAACUUCUGAAGCACCUGAACACAGACCAACUAAACCAGAAGGGCCCCCAAAGAAAACUUCUGAAGCACCUGAACACAGACCAACUAAACCAGAAGGGCCCCCAAAGAAAACUUCUGAAGCACCUGAACACAGACCAACUAAACCAGAAGGGCCCCCAAAGAAAACUUCUGAAGCACCUGAACACAGACCAACUAAACCAGAAGGGCCCCCGGAGAUAACUUCUGAAGCACCUGAACACAGACCAACUAAACCAGAAGGGCCCCCGGAGAUAACUUCUGAAGCACCUGAACACAGACCAACUAAACCAGAAGGGCCCCCAAAGAAAACUUCUGAAGCACCUGAACACAGACCAACUAAACCAGAAGGGCCCCCAGAGAAAACUUCUCCCCAACCAGAGUCAACAACUGUCGAGCCACCCACACCGGAAUCCACAUCCGCACCAGAAUCCACAUCUCCACCGGAAUCCACAUCCGCACCAGAAUCCACAUCUCCACCGGAAUCCACAUCCGCACCGGAAUCCACAUCCGCACCAGAAUCCACAUCUCCACCGGAAUCCACAUCCGCACCGGAAUCCACAUCCGCACCAGAAUCCACAUCUCCACCGGAAUCCACAUCCGCACCAGAAUCCACAUCUCCACCGGAAUCCACAUCCGCACCAGAAUCCACAUCCCCACCGGAAUCCACUAAUACUGAACCUGACACUACAACAACCGAAUCAUCUACAAAUGAAGAAGAAUCAACAACCGACAACACUUCUGCAACUGAGUCAGAUGAAACCACUCCAGAAGUGGAAUCCACUGAAGAACCUGAAACCACGGUAACCGCAGCUCCUUAGAAGACUCCAUAGAUGAAGAUUCUGCCAGCGAGUAAAGUUCUGGCAAUGCUACAAAAAUUGCAAAGGUUAAUGUUGUAAAUAAAUGUAUUUGUUUUUCAUAUGUUUUUUGAAAAUUUUGCAGUUAAAUAAAUACCUACUGUUAAUGCAAUCGCUUAUAAAAAGUAAUAGCUUCCAAAAUUUGAUUAAGUAGGGAUAGUGAAAUGUGUAGAUAUGUAUGUUGAAAUGUUCCGGAUUUAUAAUCAAUAAAAAGAUUGUAAAUAUAAAUUUA